CAGUUGGAAAUCGGAAAGCAAUAAACAGUCAACAUGAUCUCCCAGACCUUUAUUAUCGCUAUUGUAGCUACUUCUGCCUUCGCAUCCCUUGUCCCUGCUCAUUAUGCUCCCCAACCGUACAAAUUUGGAUAUAACAUAAAAGACCACCAUAGUCAACAGCACAGGGAAGAAGUCGGAGACGGCGUCAGCGGAGUGAAAGGAAGUUACGGAUUCACCGAUGCUCGAGGAAUUCACAGACAGGUGAACUAUGUUGCCGACCACGCUGGCUUUAGGGCUCAGGUGAAGACCAAUGAACCAGGAACCGCCAACCAGAACCCAGCUGCUGUUCAAGUAAUCUCUGCCGCUCCUCAUGCUGGAAUCGGAUUGGGAUAUGGCAGUUCGGGUGGAUCUCAUGGAUUAAACGGUGUUGGAAUUGUUUACGGAGGUCUGGGCUCCUUAAAUGGUGGACUUAGUUAUGGAUCUAAUCUUGGAAAUGGCCUGCAAUAUGGAAUCCAUGGAAAUGGAGGUCUCGGAUAUGGAGAUCUUGGAUAUGGAGUGUUGGCUACGAAAUUCUAGGAAGUCGUGGACUUGGUUUGGGUGGCUAUGGUCUAUCCAGCGGUCUUCUCGGAGGCCUGGGAUACGCUCGUUAUGGAUACUAAAUCUGUUAAAUGCUUUAUAAACCAAAUGAUGUGAUAAAUAAAUAAUUCUUGCAUUA